GGUUAACUUCAGACCGUUCAUCACGAAGUUUCAUUUUACUGUCAUGAUUGGAGUUCUAGAAAUGUAUAUAUUCAUUACAUUAAAGUUAGGGAAAAUAUCGCUCUGGUUAAUGACAUUUUAGGGCAUUUAUCAGAUUUUGUCGCGAAUUUGCUCACAUGAUUACGAGAGGAUAAAUAAUUAUGGACAAAUUAACGGUAGUUUCGAGUACAUUGUUCCUCGCCGCCGAUAUGUUUGCGUUAGUGAGUCUUGCCAUGCCCGACUGGAUUAUCACAGACGUUGGUGGUGAUACGAGAUUAGGUUUAGUGUGGUCGUGUAUGACUCUUUACAAUAGACCGCAAGUGUGCUAUACUUCCGAUUUACAACCAGAAUGGUUCAUGGCCCGAGUUUGUAUACUAGGAGGCUGUAUUUUAAUAACAAGUACAAUAAUCCUCCUACUCAGCUCUUAUUGGGAUCGCAACGUAAUACCAUAUGCUCGUUGGGUCGGCUUUACUGCCAUGGUGUUAUUCUGCUCAGCUGCAGUGAUAUUUCCACUUGGUUUCGACGUCGAUGAAAUAGGAGGACAGCCGUACCAUUUGCCUAAUUCGCAUCAAGUAGGAAUCUCGUAUAUUCUGUUUGUAUUAGCACUGUGGAUUACGGUCAUUUCCGAACUCUUUGCAGGCAAAGUUUGUUUACCACAUUUCUAGCACUUGUCCCAUUUUGUCGUAUUACUCAUUCUAUUUGGCCCAAUGUACUUUGCAUAUUACUAUCCAAGAGGCAUGUUCCUGCCAAACUGGUUCACAAACCUAAAGUUUUUAUUUAGCAGCUUCUAAAGAAGCGGUUUUAAUAAUUUUAUCUGUCAUUUUUUACUUAGAGGUUCCCAAGAUCAAAGUACAUUGGUUUAUGUCUUCAUCAAUUUUAAUGGUUUUAGAUCUGCUUUAGGUUCAAUAGCCUAUUGAAAACUAUAUUCAUUCAUUCUUAUGUAAGAAAAAAAUCGUUAUGACAGGAUCAUAAGUAAAAUGAGAUUUUUUACUAAUAAUUUAUACGUGUAAACUAAUGGACUGAUAAAUGAAUUUGUAAGAAAAUAUAUUGACACGACGUAUCUUAGUUCGAUCACGAAAGGCAUGCGGGCGUGUCAUGGUGUUUGAUUUUUAAGUGUCAAUAAGAAUAUAAAGAGGAUCAUUUCAUUCGAUCGUUGCAGAAAGUUGUAAGAAAUGUUACCAUUGCGUCAAUCUCAUCUCUAUUAAAGUUAUUAAUGUCUUCGUAUUUUACCUGGAUAUACAGUAUAAGGUUUUCUUUAUAUUUAGAAUAGUUUCUAAGUCACAAUAAAGAUAAAAAUAUAUACAA